UUUAUGAAAAAGAGGGACCUAAGCUGCAAAAGCUACACAGUGAAGAUUUCUUCUGGAGAGGUUGCAUACAGUGAUCUGAAACAUAAUGGUGAUUUUCAGAAAGGGUGAUCAUGUGUGGCUGGACACUCAACCAAACAGUGAAUUUAAUGUCCCUAUUGGGGCAGUUGUGAAGGAAUCUGAUUCAGGACGGAUCUUGCUGGAAGAUGAUGAAGGCAAGGAGCACUGGAUCACGGCUCGGAACAUGCACAUGGUACGCCUGAUGCACCCCUCCUCUGUACAGGGGGUAGAGGACAUGAUCUGCCUCGGGGAUCUCCAUGAAGCUGGCAUGGUGCACAACCUCCUCAUCCGACACCAGGAGCACAAAAUCUAUACUUACACGGGAUCAAUCCUUGUAGCAGUGAAUCCGUACCAGCUGCUGCCCCUCUACACGGUGGAUCAGAUCAGACUGUACUGUAACAAGAGGAUUGGAGAGCUUCCACCUCAUGUCUUUGCCAUUGCAGACAACUGUUAUUUCAAUAUGAAGAGGAAUAAGAGAGACCAGUGCUGUGUGAUCAGUGGAGAAUCUGGAGCUGGUAAAACGGAAAGCACAAAGCUAAUACUACAGUUUUUGGCAGCUAUCAGUGGCCAACAUUCCUGGAUAGAGCAGCAAAUCCUAGAAGCCAAUCCCAUUCUCGAAGCUUUUGGAAAUGCCAAGACAAUUCGAAAUGACAAUUCAAGCCGCUUUGGGAAAUACAUUGAUAUUCACUUCAACCAAAAUGGUGUGAUAGAAGGAGCCCGGAUAGAACAGUUUCUCUUGGAGAAGUCCCGRGUUUGCCGGCAGGCUCCAGAGGAGAGGAAUUAUCACAUCUUCUAUUGCAUGCUAAUGGGGAUGAAUACAGAGCAGAAAAAGAUGCUGAAUCUGGGCACUGCUUCAGAGUACACUUAUCUCACUAUGGGCAACUGCAUGUCCUGUGAUGGCCGGAAUGACGCUAAGGAUUAUGCCCAUAUUCGCUCAGCUAUGAAGAUCCUCAUGUUCUCAGACUCUGAGCACUGGGACAUCAGCAAGCUGCUGGCUGCAAUCCUGCACCUAGGGAAUGUAGAGUUCCAAGCGGCCGUGUACGAUAAYCUGGACUGCUCCGAUGUGAUGGACUCACCACACUUCUCCAUUGCCACCAAACUGCUGGAGGUGGACUCCAGUGAACUCCAGAACAGCCUCACAAACCUCUCCAUCAUUGUCCGAGGAGAAAGUGUCUCCAGGCCUCUAAACGUGGUUCAAGCUGCUGAUGGGAGGGAUGCCUUUGUGAAGGGUAUAUAUGGACGGAUUUUCUUGUGGAUAGUGAACAAGAUCAACUCAGCCAUUUUCAACCCUGCUUCUCAGAAGCCUAAAGACAGACGUCAAUCUAUUGGACUGCUGGACAUUUUUGGGUUUGAAAACUUCAGCAACAACAGCUUUGAGCAGCUGUGCAUUAACAUUGCAAAUGAGCAUCUUCAGCAGUUCUUCGUGCACCAUGUCUUCAAGCUCGAGCAAGAGGAAUACCUUGCAGAGCACAUUGCCUGGAACAACAUUGACUUCACUGAUAACCGCCAGGCUCUGGAAGUCAUUGCACUCAAGCCCAUGAAUAUCAUCUCCCUCAUUGAUGAAGAGAGCAGGUUCCCAAAGGGCACAGAUGCCACCAUGCUUGUCAAAAUCAAUUCCCUCCAUGGUAAAAGCAAAGUCUACAUCCCACCUAAGAGUGUUCAUGACACCAAGUUUGGCAUCAGCCACUUUGCUGGGGUUGUCUUUUAUGAAUCAAAAGAUUUCCUGGAGAAAAAUCGCGACACAUUGAGUGCUAAUGUAAUGCAAGUGGUCCAUGCCUCCAAAAACAAAUUCCUGAGAGAGAUUUUCCAGGUGGAAACAACCCCACCUAGUCUGGGACGUGGGACUAUCCGGCAUCUUGGAUCUGACCAGGUCUACAAGGGCUUGGAUACCACCAAGCGACUCUCGACACUUGGAGGACAGUUUAAGCAAUCCCUGGAAAAACUAAUGAAAAUCCUUGAGCAGUGCCAGCCAUUCUUCAUCCGUUGCAUCAAGCCAAAUGACUACAAGAAACCACUGUUGUUUGAUCGUGAACUAUGUAUCAAACAGCUGCGAUAUUCAGGGAUGAUGGAGACCAUUCAGAUCAGGAAAGCUGGCUACCCAAUUCGCUACAGCUUUGAAGAGUUCUUUGAGAGAUACAGAGUUCUUCUGCCAUGGUCUCUUCGACAACAGCUGAAGAAUGAUGCUCGACAGGGCUGCAUUAGCAUCUCUGAAGCAGCGCUGGGCAAGGAUGAAAGCUGGCAAGUUGGAAGGACCAAGAUUUUCCUUAAAGAUCAUCAUGACACUGUAUUGGAGCUGCAACGCCAAAAUGCCCUUACAGAUAAGGUUCUUCUUAUCCAGAAGGUGAUGAGAGGAUUGAAGGACAGGAAGCAGUUCCUUAAACAGAGAAAGUCUGCUGUAGCCAUUCAAUCAGCCUGGAGAGGCUACUGCUGCCGGAAAGAAUUCAGAAUGGUGCUGCUGGGCUUUGGGCGCCUGCAGGCCCUGUACCACAGCCGGCAGCUGGCUCAGCAGUACGAGGCCACCCGGUCUCGGAUCAUCAGGCUCCAGGCCAUGUGCCGCGGUUAUCUGGUGCGUCAAAAGGUAGCAGAGCAGAGGAAAGCUGCCUGUGUCAUACAGGCAUAUGCAAGGGGCAUGUUCGCUCGCCAAACCUACCAGAGGAUGAAGGGGGAGAACAAGCUGGAAGCCAGGAAUAUCCACUUGGAAGAAGAGAAACAUCUCAUCGAAGUCCUGGGACCACUGAAAGCAAAGGAAGAAGCUGUGAGAUUACAAAAGGAUCACCUGCCAGUUCGGGAGGAAGAGCAGGCAGAAGCAAGACAAAGGAGGAACAAGCUUGCCAAUAAACCAACAAAUCAUGAUGUUAUCAGUGACCAAGAAAUGGUGGACAAAAUUUUUGGGUUUUUGCCUUCUAUGAUUGGAGGCCAAGAAGGACAGGCUCCUCUGGGUUUUGAGGACUUGGAAAUAAAGCCUAACAAGCUGGAGGAAGUAGACCUGGACAUGGUUCCCAUGAGUGUGGAGCUAGAAGAAGAAGCAGAUGGCUUGGAGGAGUACACCUUCCACAAGUUUGCAGCUACUUAUUUCCAGGGGUCUUCUACUCACACGCAUAUCCGGAAACAGCUGCGGCAUCCACUACUCUACCAUGAAGACAAGGACAAUGUCCUGGCUUCUCUAGCUGUGUGGGUGAUCAUCCUGAGGUUCAUGGGGGAYCUGCCAGAACCAGCAAUGUUUGCCAAGAAUGCCACCACCAAGAGCAGCUCUGUGAUGACACAGAUAUAUGACACACUUGGCAGGAAAAAUCAGGUCCAGCUGAGGAGUGACAGCCCAAAUAUGAGAGACGGCAGAAGGGAUAACAAGAUUUCUAAGGGAAUUUCAUCCCUCAAACUGAAACGGUCAUCCAAGCUGAUAGGAAAGGUGACAGACCAGCUGCGAAGUGGAGAAGAGGCUUUCCAGGAGGACACCUCAAUCUCUGAGAGAUCUAUGUCCAACCUAGAAAAAGUACACUUCAUUAUUGGCAAUGCAAUUCUGCGUCCUGCCAUCAGAGAUGAGAUUUAUUGCCAGAUUUGCAAACAACUCACUGAAAACAGCAGCAGGAGUAGCUAUGCUCGUGGCUGGAUCCUUCUGUCACUUUGCCUUGGCUGCUUUCCUCCUUCAGACACGUUUGUGAAGUACCUGUUGAAUUUCAUCCAUCACGGGCCUGUGGGCUACGCUCCAUAUUGUGCCGAGCGUCUGAGACGCACCUACAUAAAUGGGGCUCGGACUGAACCUCCCAGCUGGCUGGAACUUCAGGCAACAAAGCAGAAGAAACCCAUUAUUUUUAAUGUCACCCUGAUGAAUGGCCAAAGCAUCACUGUCCCUGCAGACUCUGCUUCCACUGCCAAGGAGAUCUGUCAGUUCAUAGCAGAUAAAACAAAACUGAAAGAUACCUUUGGGUUUUCACUCUACAUCGCUGUGUUUGAUAAGGUCUGGUCACUGGGCGGGGGCCGAGACCAUGUCUUGGAUGCCAUCUCUCAGUGUGAGCAGCUGGUGAAGGAGCGGGGCACACAUGAACGCCAUGCACCCUGGCGCCUCUACUUCCGGAAGGAAAUCUUCACCCCCUGGCACAACUCUCGUGAGGAUCCUGUCAGCACUGAUCUCAUUUACCACCAAGUCAUCCGUGGCAUCCGAUUUGGGGAGUACCACUGUGAGAAGGAGGAGGAUUUGGUGGAGAUAGGUGCAAAAUAUUGUUAUAUCCAAUUUGGAGAUACCAUUCACAAUGAACUUGUGCAGAAGGUGCUACAUGACUGUAUCCCAGUGAAACAGCUGAAGUCCAAGCCCCUGGAAAAGUGGGUGAGCCUUAUAACCUAUGCACAUGCUAAGGCCCCAUACACACAGGACCAUCUCUCCUCUCAGACUGUGAAGGAGCAACUUGUAGAUUUUGCUCGCUUUCAGUGGCCUUUGCUUUUUUCCAGAUUCUUUGAAGUCACUAAGUUUUCAGGGCCCAGUCUGCCUAAGAACCACUUCAUUGUUGCUAUAAAUUGGAAAGGCAUCUGCUUCUUGGAUGAGUCAGAAAAGCGGCUCCUUGAGCUGACCUUCCCAGAGAUAACUGGCAUCCACACCAACAGGGCAGUGAAGUCAUUUGGACAGAGUUGCACUCUUAUCACGCUUUGUGCCGAAGAGUUUGUUCUGACAUCUGUAAACAGUGUUGUCAUUGCUGAACUGGUGGUGACGUUCCUAGAAGGACUGAAGAAGAGGUCACGAUUUGCUGUGGCAAUGCGCGAGAAAAAAUCCCAGG